AUGUUAGAAUCCGCAGAAUUCGUGGACAUUACUAAAUGCGAGUAUGAUAUCUUUCAUGGUUAUCCAUUUGAGCACCAACCGAGACCAACCGAGGCCAACCGAGACCGACCGAGACCGAGGCCGAGACCGACCGAGACCGAGACCGAGACCAAGACCGAGACCGAGACCGAGACCGAGACCGAGACCGAGACCGAGACCGAGACCGAGACCGAGACCGAGACCGAGACCAAACGAGACCGAGACGCGACCGAGAAACGAGGCUAA